CAGCACGUGAUUACCCCUAAGGCCACAGGAGAUAUCAUUAGAAGUGUAAACGACAUAUUGGGCCAGAUGAUUAUAACCGACUAAAUACCUCAUACUCAUAUUAAAUGGUGUUUCACUAUUCUAGUACUCCUAAAUGGGUCGGUAUUAUGAAGAGGCACGACGUGGUUCGCUACACAUCCACUAUCACCCCCUCAUCUUUUGCCGGUCAACUUGGCCUAGCGCUUGCCAUGAUUCGUCCGGACUGGUCAAUACUGGAGGCCUAUUUCACUCGUACAUAUUAUGUCCGCAACUUCGACGAAAUGAAAGCAAUCAUAAGCGACCCUGACUACCGGGGGAAGGGAGGCGAUAUAGAAGUUGGAUGGAUUGAUCCUUCCAAAGGACAUGUUAAAGUCGGUUGGGAGACUGUGUACAUAGAAAACGGCAAGGUUGUGAAUACAGUUCCAGAGGAAUGAAGUCUGGUGAGUGAAACUGUAUAGUGGCUAUAUGGAAUGUAUCAUCCGGAGAACUGAGGAUAGCUAGGAUGGCGUUUCCGUUGUUCGCUGCUUGGGAAAGUUCCAUUAUAAUACAAGCGUAGAUGAAUGCUUCGUCCUAGUAUCUGUGGAAAAUAUAUCAAAAGACCUGGCUCGGGCCGCUUCAGACUCUGUUGGCGCGGAUCAACUGAAUGCCAGUCGUUUCGUAUACCGCAAUGAGAUCAAGAUUGAUGUACAACUACAUGAUGGAGGUAUGUACUUAGCGAUGAGAAGGUGGCAUUGGCAGAUCUCUCAAAAAGCAACGCGGGGUUAACAUAAUAGAAAUCUGGUUGCGUUUAGAUCAGCGGUCUAACCCUGAUCAACGGCAAAUUUAUAUGAUCGUUAUCAACGCUUUUACCAGA